ACAAAUCCGGGGCUGUCACGUGAACGCGAAGCCCCUUCGAAAACAUGGCGGCCGCCGGUGACAGCUCGGGGAGCUCCGUGAGGAAAAGACGCGUCGGCAGCGGGAAGACGGAGUCGGAGCUCGCGGACAGCAGCGGCGGGGAGCCCGGCGCGGACAGCGGCGAGGACGCGGAGGAAGAGAGGGGACUUCCGUCGCUCCGGACCGGGACCUACUGGCUCACUCGCAUUGUGCUGCUCCGCUCCGUCGCCUUUAUUUACCUUGUGGCGUUCAGCGUCGCGUUCAACCAGAACAAGCAGCUGAUAGGCGAGCGCGGCCUGAUGCCCUGCAAGGACUACCUCAACAGCGUGAAGCGCUACGUUGGGGGGAGGAUCGGCACGGCCGCCUUCGCCUACACACCCUCCAUCCUCUGGCUCUUGGACUGGAGCGACAUGGAUGCCAACCUGGAUGGCAUCGCCUUGGCGGGGAUGACGCUGUCUGCGUUCGUCCUCGUGACGGGAAUGGCCAAUAUGGUGGUCAUGGUUACGCUGUGGGUGCUUUACCACUCCCUGGUUGGCGUGGGACAGCUGUGGUACUCCUUCGGUUGGGAGAGUCAGCUGUUGGAGACGGGCUUUCUGGCCAUCUUCCUGUGUCCCGUGUGGACUCUGUCCCAGGUCCCCCGCCGCUGUCCCCCGUCCCUCAUCUGCUUGUGGACCUUCCGAUGGCUCAUUGUUCGCAUCAUGCUGGGAGCUGGUCUCAUAAAAAUCCGAGGCGACAAAUGCUGGAGAGACCUCACCUGCAUGGACUACCACUACGAGACCCAGCCGGUUCCCAACCCCAUGUCCUACUACAUGCACCACUCUCCGUGGUGGUUCCAUCGUUUCGAGACGUUCUCCAACCACCUCAUCGAGCUCCUCUUCCCACUCUUCACCUUCUUGGGCCGGCGGAUGCGCAUGUUCAACGGAGCGACCCAGAUCCUGUUCCAGGUGGUUCUGAUAGUGAGUGGGAACCUUAGUUUCCUUAACUGGCUGACCAUUGUUCCCAGUCUGGCCUCUUUUGAUGAUGCAGCGCUGGCCUUCUUGUUUAACUCUCGAGGCGGAGCCAAGAAGGCAGCGCUCGAGAUGCAGAACGAGGAUUCAGCCGGACGUACCCCCAAACCCACCAAAGGUAUGUUGAUGCGCUGGGUGGUGAACAUUUCUUUGGGCGUUCUGAUUGGCUGCCUGAGCGUUCCCGUGGUGAUGAACCUGUUCAGUUCCAAGCAGGUGAUGAACACCUCCUUCGACCCGCUGCGCAUCGUCAACACCUACGGGGCCUUCGGCAGCAUCACCAAGGAGCGCACCGAGGUGAUAUUCCAGGGCACUCUGAGCCCGGAUCCCAAGGACCCCGAGGCGCUGUGGGAGGAGUACCAGUUCCUGUGUAAGCCAGGCGACGUUUACCGACGGCCGUGCCUCAUAUCGCCGUACCACUACCGGCUGGACUGGCUCAUGUGGUUUGCUGCCUUCCAGACCUACGAGCAGAGCGAGUGGGUGAUCCACAUCGCGGGACGUCUGCUGUCCAAUGACAGCGCGGUCCUCUCGCUGCUCGACCACAACCCCUUCCGAGGCGGAGAACCUCCGAGGUGGGUUCGAGGGGAACACUUCAGGUACAAGUUCAGCCAGCCGGGCAGCGCCAGCGCGGCUGAGGGGAAGUGGUGGCUGAGGAAACGCAUCGGAGCCUACUUCCCUCCCGUGGACCUGGAAGGACUCAGGGGCUACUUCCAGUCCCGAAGCUGGCCGCACCCGCACCUGAAGCCAAACAGGAGCUGAAGCCUGAAGAGCUGAAGACCUGAAGAGCUGAAGCCUGGAGACGCCUGACGACAAAAGGGAAAUCGGGAGGACUGCAGUGGUGGAGGUUGGAGGGAGGUCGGGCUCAAAGACCGUUUUUAGUGCGAUGCUGCUGGUGUGGAACACGGACCAAGGACGCCAUCAGGUGUUUGUUUAGUUUUGUUCACUUUGCAACAUCUCACGACGAACUGCUUAAUAAAACCUGAUAUUUACUCACAAACAAUGUGAUGCUUUUACAAGGUUUCAUUAAAGCUAUAUGUAUAUCUAUGAAUCUCAAAUGGUUACUGCCCCUUGUAAAGAACAUUUCAGCAUUAAACCUGCUUCAAUUUGUAUUCAG